AGUAGGGGCUAAAGCCAUCUCCAACGGGAGAACCUGUUUUCGGUCCAAAUUCAAAUACCCAAUUUUUAUGAAAUUAGGGUUCCAGAGAAGAAAGCAAAACAUCCAUCUGAAUGGACACCCAAUCGAAGAAGAAAGCGAAAGUCGCCGACGAAGACAGAAUCAGCGCAUUGCCCGAUGAGCUACUCCAUCAAAUCCUCAAGUUCCUCGACACCAAAUCAGCAUUUCAAACAACCAUUCUCUCCAAACGCUGGAAGCUUGUAUGGACUACUCUCCCUUUCCUCAAAUUCAUCUGGGAUUUCCCCGAUAAACAAAACACAAGUAACAACAAAUCCAUCGCUAAAUUCACCCAUCACGUAUUAUAUCAUCGAAACCGCCAUUCUUCAAUUUCGCAUUUGGAGCUUAUGUUCCUCACUCCUGGCUUAUUGGAUAGGUUUAUUAAGUAUGCUAUUUCUCAUAAUGUUGAGGUUCUUGAUGUUCAUUUUCGGUUCAAGCAUAAGCCCUAUAAUUUGUCGAAUUUCACCUCUAGUUCGAUUAAGAAGCUUAAAGUGAGGAUGAAUUUUGAGAGGAUUGUGUCGGAGUCUGAUUGUUGGGAUUUGCCUGCUUUAACGAGUCUACAUUUGCGGGGGCUUUUUUGGGCUUAUGAACCCGAGACUUUACCGGAGAUUUGUAUAACUUGCUUGCCUGCGUUGAGAAGUUUGUGUCUUGAAGAUUGGGAUUUCAAGGAUCUGGUGAACGGAAGAUCGUCUGUGUCUUUUGAUUGGCCGGCUUUGACAAGUUUUAGUCUGAUUAAGUGUAAGUUGCCUACAAAAGUUUGGAAUAUGCCGUAUGUGAAGAGUUUAGAGCUUCACAAGGUGACGUUCCCGGAGAAUAUGAAUGACAUCUUCGCUGCACUUGUCAGUCUACAAAGUCUCAUAUUAUCUUUUAAAGAGGUUUCGCAUAAUGGUCUUUUCCUUACUUGUCCUGAAUUGGUGAACCUGGAGAUCAGAACCUGCUGUGGUGACAAGUUUUAUAAAAAUCUCGAAAGAAACAUUGUGGUUUUGGCUCCAAAACUUAGAUAUUUUACUUCUGUUGGUAUCUUUACUGUCAAAUUUGAAGUUCCUGAGUUGGGCUAUGUUAAUAUCAAAUUGCGGGGCUGGAUUGAUGAUCAGGAGUUCUCUCCAAACAAGUUAAGGCAAUAUCAUCGAGAGUUUAAACAGAUGCUGCCGGGGCUUGGUGGUGCCAAGAUUCUUAAUCUUGAGUUGGAGACUAUGAAGGCACUUUUAUCAAUCUCUCCCUUUCUUGUAAGUUCUCCCUCUCCAUUUUAUAACUUGAAGUAUGUGAAACUGCCACAUGGAUGUGAAGAAGCAAGUAUUCCUAGCAAUUUAAGAAGCUACUUACUUGGUGCCUCUCCAACAGCCACCAUUGUCACAACAUUUUCACAGAACAUGAAUUCUCCUACAACUUCUGUGACAUCUCAAAAUGUGGUGCCACAAAAGCCUUUGGUUUCUUCAACCAAGGUGCUUGUUAAUUCUGGAUAUGAAUCUGUGCCCAUUGAUACUGUGGACAUGGGGGUGCAAGUAGAGCAUGUGGUGCAGAAUUUUGUAGAAUAUGCUUCCAGUGACAGGGUUAGACAUGUAGGUUCCUCAGUUGAAGGGACCGACAAUGGCCAUGUGAGCUCUUCUUCGGGAAAUAUCGAUUCUGGGUUAUGGAGGGGUUAUGCUGUUAACUCUGAAUUUGUAAUCCUACUCAAUGCCAUAAUGGAUAAGUAUCCAGAAACCUUUGAGCACUUUACUACCAAAAACAAGAAAUUCGGUACAAUGAAGCUCAAUAUGUUCUGCACCUCAAUAAAUGACUUUGCCAAAAUCUCUAUGAUCAAGGUUAAUACUCAAAUGAUUACAGAGUACAGGGAUGUAUUUGCUGACUUAGAGAAAUUGGGAUUCAAUGUAAGUUGGCUUUUGAGUCGUCUGAACUUUAUUGAACAGCUUCGGAUUUCACAGCCCCUACUUCCUGAGCUUCAUGCAAUUGAUGGUGAUAUUAAUGAUGCCAAUAGUAAAUUACAAGAUUUGCAGAUUGAUAUGGAUAAAAUGAAAACUAAAUUGCAAAAUCUAAAGACUCUUCGUGAAAAGAAGAUGCAAGAUAUUCAGGAACUUUUCGGAACUAUGGGUAGAAACCUUGCUGUUGGCUACGUUGGAGAUGAUCUGUUGCCUGGUUCCUUAUUUACUUGAAGUUAGUUGUUUGUUUGAAUUGUUUGGAUGCCUCAGUAUAUCAUCUGCUGUCUGCUCCCGCACUUUUACUUUUUGGCCGUCAUGCUUAUUGAGUUGGUAUUGAAUCAUUUGAUACUAAACUAUAAGAUUUUCAUGGAUGAGUCCAACUUAAAAUGCAAUAUCUAGAUACUGAUGACAAGAUGCAAGAGAUUGAGAAAACUUCUAGAACUGUGGGUACAAAUCUUGACGUUGACUACAAUGAAGAUGAUCUGUUGUCUGGUGCCUAAUUUACUUGGAGUCAGUUGUAUGAUUGAGAAUUUCAUGGAUGCCAUGGUCUAGUACUAUUUUGGUUUCUUGCUUAUUGACUUUGUUUUGAACUGUUAGCAAAGUUUGCUUUUCUACUGUUUAAUGGAAGUGCUUGUAUGCUUGUACUAUGUCUUGCAAAAUUCUGUUUCACUUAACCUAAUCAUAUUCGUAGCAUGUUAUCAUGAGUUCUGAAUGC